GGGAUUGAACAUUAUUGUUGAUAGACGACAUGGGUUUGUCUUUUCUUCUUGCAGUCGCGGUACAAAAAAGAGGAAUGAAGAGGAGUUGGAAAAGAAGGAGCAGAAGAAGAAGAAGAAGAGAGAUUCCUAUGGAUCUCUUGAUCGAGAUUAUGGCGAGAUUGCCUGCGAAAUCGGUAAUGAGAUUCAAGUGCAUCUCGAAGUUUUGGUCAUCUCUCUUGUGCUCCAGAUACUUUUGCAACCGUUUCAUUAUGUUCCCAACCCAACGUCAACCACGUCUUUACAUGUCUUUAUUGGAUCAAGCCAACUACUCCAAGUCUGUGCUCUUAUCAAGCCCUGCUUCUCCUUCUUCAAUUGUAUUCGACCAAGAUCUGACCAUCCCUAACAUGGGAGGUUACUACUUGCGAGCUGUACGUGGCUUCAUUAGCUUUACAGUGUUCAAAAAGGAGGCACGGAUCUAUAACCCUAGCACCAGACAACUUAUCAUCUUACCUGCCGUUGAAUCCAAGAUCUUAGCUGAAGUUGAUAAAUAUAACAUCUCCUACUUUAUCUGUUACGACCCUCUUAAGGAUCAGUACAAAGUACUCUGCACUAUUACGGUACUAUCAGAAGAUAUGCAAACGAUAAUGUCAUCAGAGCGUUGGGUUUUAGUACUAGAAGCUGGUGGUUCGUGGAAAAGGGUUGCAAAAGAUUUUCAUCCUCAUUUUCCUGACCCACUAGAACUGACUAUUAAGGGUGUUUUAUAUUAUUUGGCUUGGACUGAUUCUCAUACUUGCGUGCUUGUGAGUUUCGACAUCAACUCCGAGGAGUUCAGUAUGUUGCAAGUACCUCGGAAGCCUGGAGAUGUGCUACCUAUGUUAGACAAGUGGGUGGCUAAAAUACACUAUGGUGGAAAAGUAGCAGUUUUUGACUACACCUAUCUUAAGGAAAGUGGUACCGUGGAUCUGUGGGUUGUAGAAGAUUGGAGGAAGCAAGAGUGGUCGAUGAAGACUCUGACUUUGCAGCCUUCUCAGAUGCAUCUAGUCAUUGACAAUCGAUUGAAGCCAAAGGGUACAAUGUUAAACGGAAAGAUUAUUUUGGUACCGCUCAAGUUGGUUUCUCCCUUUUACUUCCUUUGCUAUGAUCUCCAAACCAAUGAUCUGAAAAAAGUUGACAUCAAAGGGAUACCGGAUCGUUGGUUUGGCAAGCAGGCAAAAUGUUUUGACCUGGAGUUUAUGGAUCCGAGUGAGAACAUCAACUACCUUGAAACUUGA